AUGAACAGCGCUUGCAACUACAGGGUUUGAAGCAAAACACCUCAAAAUUAUUUAAAAAAAUACUUUUUUAGACAAUCAAAUACGAGUCGUUCAGCGCCUUAACAUUGACCAUUCCGAAUUCACAAAUGGGCACGGUAAGAUUUUCAGAGAGCUGCGCGUCGCGGCUUGCGAAGCGGUCGAAUUUUUGACUAUUUCUUAACUUUUCUGUCUUAAAGGGUUUGAAUCGUGAAUAAUGUGAUCAAAAGCAGUUUCACCGAAAAUAUUGAAUCCACCCUUGAAAUCAGGGGAAAAUUAAGAAAAUCAAAACUUAGUACGUAGUUGUGUCCGGCCUGCGCGCAACUUUAGAUUUUUAACCAAUCCAUAAAAAAAAGUAUGAAUUAUUUUUUUUAGCCAACGAAUAUCGAGCACAUUUUGCGAAGGUACUUUUGCUCUGAGGUGAUUCGAGACGCGACUUGCGACCAGUGCAAGGAGAAUUCUCGGAAACAGAAGGGCUUCCUCAAAAAACACGGCAUUGUCAAGGUUUGUUCGAACUUUUGAGCGGUACUAACACCGCCUUUGGCGUGAAAAAUAGGAAAAUCUUUGAAGUAUAUGAACAUUUUGAAAGAUACAAUUCUUAGUACAAUUUUUGACAAACUAGCUAUGGAAAAAGUUGUGAAAAAAUAACUGCACAGAAAUUAGCGGAAAAUUCCCAAGAAGGAGCUUCAAAAGUUUCCAGAAAACCCAGUUUUCUUGUAAGAACGAAAGUAUAAGUGAAGAGCCGCUUAAAAAGUAGCUUUUAAACAUCCCAAAAUAGUAUAUAGGUGUCAACGGGUGCGCCCGCUUUAAGUUCCUGUUAAAACGGUUGAUAUACCUCAUCAGCAUGAGAUAACUUCAAAUCUAAUAUUUUUCUUCGAAAAUUCCCGAAUUUCGAAUUUAUAGAUGCCCCAGACGCUCCUGAUCCGCCUGGAACGUGUCGGAAUGCUGCCCUCGGGACACUUGAAACUCAACGAACACGUCUCUUUCAGUGAACAUUUGUCCGUUCAGGAAGUCUGCUUCAGAAGGGAUUUCAGGUUGCGAAAGGUAUCAGAAUCCAGAAAAAAAGUCUGAUUCAGUUUUUUUUUAGAACUGAAUUAAUAGCAUUCAGAAAGGAGAUAUCUGAUUUUGGUUUUUGAUGAACCAAGCUAGCUAGGGAUGAGAGUCUCUUGAUGGGUUUUAUUUUGAAAUUGAAGCUCAAGAAUAAUCAGAAUGUUUUUUCAACAGCUAGCUUUUCUUUAGGUGAACUCUAAUGUAUACAUUUUCAACUGGAUUGGCCAGAAUUCAAAAAAUAUAAGCGAGAUUGGUCAGUCAAUCAUAUAAGUUUCUAAAUUAGGGUUAAAAAUUUUUGGUUCAAAGUUUUUUUUCACGACUUAGUCAAAUAAAAAUAAGUAAAGACGUUAGCGUCAAAAAUUAAAAAUUAGAACAAAAAAAUCAGAAAAAUCCCUUUUUUUAAAAGGAAAAAUUAUCUGUAGGGUUUGUAGAGCUAGCACAAAAAAAGAUUUAACUAGGAACUUUUUCAAAGCAUUUCAGAAAGUACAACCUACACUAGAAAUAGAAAAAAAGCUGAAAAAAGAUAAAAUCCGUCAAAAUUACGGUCUUUCUCAACAUGAACAAGCUUCUGCAGAUCUCCAGAACUGAGAGUUGGAAAAUCAUGUUUUUCCAGGAAGCCUAUGAGGAAUCGCAGAGAAAGUGGGAAUUGGCGGACGGUUCGGCGAGAGUUUUCGGCGGAGCUGAGAUUGUCGACGGACUUCGCGGCAAAGUCACAAGUUCCCUGCUGGAAUCUUCAGAUCCUCGGUUUCCUUCGAUAAGGUGGGAUACAGAACCUUCUCGAAAUCAGGUAAAGCAUGAAAAAGGCAAUUUUAAUUUUGAGGGAGAACAGGAGACUCAUUUUUGACAUUUUUUCUCGAAUCUCUAAUAUUUUUCAAAGAAAAAGUACUGUAGACGUAGAACUUUAACUGUACAAAAAAAUUUCAAAGAUGGUUUUUCGCACUUUUUGGCUUUGAUGGAAAAAAAGUUUGUGCCGCUCAGCCAAAAAGAAAAGUUUUUUCGUUUUUUUUUUUACUUUUUUCUUUUCAAUCUUUUUCAAAAACUUAAAAGUCUUCAGAUAAAAAAUGACGUUGAAGUAAAACCAUAAAAAAAUUGGACACAUUACUUUCUUUUCCUGUUCUUCAUUUCUUGACUUAAAAGAAUAGAUUCCUGAUUAAUUUUUUUGUUUGCCUGAAAAUUUCUUUAAAAAAAUAAAUUUCGCAGUCACGCCAAGUUGACUGAAGGCCACGCGGAAGCCGAACGACACACCUACCAACUUCGGGCCGUUUGCGAACACCGCGGAGGACCCUUCUCGGGCCAUUUCGUGACCUAUCGUCGUGGUCCAGCUCCCAACUCUUUCAACUGGUUCCUCACUAAUGAUUCUCAGGUUUGCAACCAGAUUUCUUUUUUUUCGAUCAAGUGUGCCAAUUAUUUUUGAUUCAUUUCAUCUUUUAUUCGUUUUUUUUCUUCAAAAAUUAAGGAGUCGAUGAUUAAAAGUUCCUCUGGGAGGUUAUCUCAAAACUCUUUUAUUUCAAUCGCUAAUAUUAAAAAAAAGAAAAAAAUUUGAACACUGUGAGAUUUUUUAUCACAUGCAACCUGAAUUCAAAACCUCACAUGUAAGCAAAGGUUUUUUUAUAACUAUUCUUUUUUUCGGAAAAAGGUUUUUUUCUUCAGUGGUUAAAUGGGCUAAAGAAAAGUUUCAAUGAGAAUUAAAAAAAUGCUGAAAAAAAUCCUAAAGAGCUGAAAAGUCGUUGUAAAUUUAAUUUUUUAGUCAUAAGAUAUUCCUUCAAAAAAACUUCAGUAAUUUUCAAAAUUUUUCUGAAAAAAAGGUUUUUUUAAAAAUUGAAGUGGUUGGAUUGGACUUUUUCGACUUUCUACAAUAUUUUUUUAGAUAUUGAAUAAAUUUUAACUGUUAAUUUAUUUUAAACAGGAUAAUUUUGAUUUGAUAAAAUCAUGAAUCUAAAAACAUAUUGAAGCAAAAAUUCAUAUUUCUUUCCAAUAAUUUCAUAAUUAUUUGAAGUUUUUUUUAUUGACUUACAAAGUCAAGUUAUUUUUGAUCCAACUAAAUUGGUUUAUAAAAUUUACUCAAUCUCUACAAACCUCUUAGAAUAACUAAGAGCCCAACUAAUUCGAUUUAAAAAAAAUUAUGAGUUUUGAAUAAUAUUCAAAAUGUUUAUAGUGAUGCGAAAGUCAUAUUUUUUGAAAGUUGAAUGAGUCGAGUUGAACUUCAGUUUUCUUUCUUGAAGUUGGAAAAAUCAUCAAUCUAGAGAAAAUUCAUUUUUUAAAAAAAAGUUUUGGUGAUCUUCAUAGGGAACGAAAACUUCAUUUUUCUUUUCGUUCUGAUAUUUAAUUUCUCGAAAUUUCCGACGGAAAAACAGGGAUCUUAAAACAAAAUUUCCAUACUCACGAGAAUAACUCUUUCAUUUUCUCAGGUGAACCAGGUGGCGUACAAGCAGGUGGGCCUCUGCCAGGCCUACAUGCUUUUCUACGAAAGACUCAAGCCGAAUCGCUGGUACAAGCGUGGAUGACUGUAUUUCUCGCGGGUUCUCAUCAAUUGUAAAUUAAAAUAGUCCUCUAUAUAUAUAAUAAAUAUUAUUAACAUUUAUAUUAUGUCUCUUUUUUUUGCGAUUGAAGUGGUUCAUCUCCCAUUGCUUUAUUCAUUCUUUUUUUCCUUUCUGUAAAAUAAGAUGGAUGACUCCCAACAGGAUGGACGAGCCGCUGCCGUCGAAGGUCGACGUCAUAGUUUUGGGUACAGGAUUGCCGGAGGCGAUUCUCGCCGCCGCCUGUGCCCGAUCCGGCCUUUCCGUCGUUCAUUUGGACAGGUUUCCACGUUUUUCUGAACUUUUAUAAUCUGGAAUAUGAUGAUUUAAUGAAAAGCUUUGAAUAUGUUUUUAUUUGACGAACGAUUUUUUUGAAAAAUUUGAUGGUCUCAUUAAUUUCCUUUUUUUCAUAUAUUUUUAGAUCUGAAUAAGAUCAACGAGCUAUAGAAAAAAAUUUCUGGUAAAAAGCCUGAGUUUUGAAAAUAUUGAAAAAAAUCUCAAUCAACGAAAAAAAAUUUUCAAACUUAUUCCUUCAGAAAUCCAUUUUACGGCGCCGAUUGGACGUCUUUGAACUUGGAUUGUGUUCAUGAAUGGGUCAAUACCCAGGUUUCCUGUUUCACAUUCUUUGAAAUAAAAAAUAAUACCAUUUUCAGGCUCCGAUUCAAGAAAAUGCGGACGUUUCCACGUUUGAGAAGUUUUUGGAAGAAGGCGAAGAAUUGGUCCUACUGGGGGAUAAUAAACUCGUUGAGGAUGUUGAACAUGGAUGGCUUCCUGCUUGGUUCGAAAAAGUAGAAACUCAGAAAAGAAUUCUGAAUUUUCAGCUCAACUUCAAUCAGAAAAGAAGAAGAGGCAGUUGAAGGGGAAGAAAAAGAAGAAAAAGAAGAAAAAACCCACGAGGAGAUUUUGAAAAAGUCGGCUCGAAGGUUUUCCAUCGACGUCUUGCCGAAGGUGAGAUUGAGAAUAUGACCAAUUUUUGAGAACAGUUUCCAGUUUCAGAAAUAUCCUUUAAAUAGACUAAAAGCCGCUUAUAGAGAUCAUAUUUUUCUAUUUUUGGCUUGGUUAGCGAAAUUUUUGCCACAAACUUUAGGUUUGACAGGAUAUUUCAAAGCUCAAAUAAAAAGUAAAUCCGAUAUCUCAACGGAUGUAGCCGUAUUUAACCUGUUUUUGAGGCUAUUCGAAUCCCACUUGGGCUGAAACGGGAGAAAAACGGGUGCAAGAAGAUAAAGAUGACUCAGCUGUGUUCAUUCCGAAAACCUGAAACCCAACUGUGCAAAGAUGGGGUGUCCCAACUAUGGUGAAAAAAUUCCAAAAGUUCUACCGGCUGUGCUUAUUCGGGUUUGAUACGGGUACACCCGUUGAGAGCCCGUUUUACAUCAGUAAGAAACAUUUAUGAACCAGCUGUAUUUCGAAAUCUGUGGCCCAACUUUGCUAAAACGAUUACUCAACUGUGGUAAAAAAAAACAAGGGUUAGAAGUUUCAGGACUGUGUUUAUACGGGCUUAAUACGGGUAGGCCCUUUGAGAGCCCGUAUUAAAACAACUGAGCUACCCUCAUCAGCAUGAGAGUGUCUGAAUGCCCCUUCUUUUGAAUUAAAAGUUCAAAAAAUGUGACCGUUUUUUAUAGAAGGUCUCAGUUUUUUCAAACGAGCCGAUUCACGGCUACCUUGAGACGCAAAGAAGCGUGGCCUGUCUGUGCUCUCCACCAACCAGGCACUGUCUCAUUUCUUAUCGUGUCAGGACUCAUUUUUCGAUGGCUCAAGUCAGCCUUGAAUCAGCUAUAAUUAUCCUCUUCAAAGAGUGUUUUGACAAACUCUUAAGAAAUUCAGAAUUUUUAAAAACAAAAAAAGGCAUCUUACUUGCUAGGUCCUGCUCGCGAAAGGCGACAUGGUGCAAGUGCUGUGCGAUUCCCAAGUUUCCAAGUACGCCGAGUUCAAACUCGUCGACCGGCAACUGUGUCCCCUCGCAGAAGCCGACGGAAAUAUCUCCUUCCAUCGGGUUCCUUGCAGCAAGGGCGAGAUCUUCACCAGCCAGGUCCUCUCGUGAGUUUUAGGUCUUUUUCUGGUUGUAUCACAAUUUUCGGCUUACUACUUUCUCUCUGAAAAGCUUGUCGGUCUAGAGAAAAGGAGAAAAGUUGAUUAAAAAGAACUUAAGAUACUGGAAAUUUUGAGAGUCGUGAGUGAUUUCAUUCAAAUAGACAGGGUAGAUCAAUAGUGCCCUGAAGGAAUAGCUCAAAAAUAUCAUCAUAAAGUUAAUUUUGCUCUAUGGCGAAGUCCAUUCAGUUCAGAGGAUUGAUGAGUUCAGAGAUAGCCUAACGGCCUCCCGGCCAUUUUUUGAGCCCGCCCAGACGCGGCCCGGGCUUAGAGAGGCCUCAAUGGCCGGCCCGACCCAAAAAGCUCAAAUAUUUUUCAAGUCGAAUAUCAAGUUUUUUUCAUGACAAAAAUGUGAUGUCCGGAGCCCGGGCCGCCCGGCCUGACGCACAAGCCUGAUCAAGUUUGGGUUUUUAAAAAAGUUCUGAAGGGAAAAAUAAAUGGUUGAAAUUACCUAGGCUCAAAUUUUCUUCUUCUUGAACCCAAGAAUUUGCUAUGUUCAAGUUUUUUUGAAAGCCUUAAUUUGGCUUCAAAAUGAAUAAUUUUCCGCGGUUUAUUAGGAGUCUAGAAUUUUUUUCCAUUUGUGACGACUGAAAAAAACUGAAAACCGGGCCAGAGACUUUUUUUUUCAAACUUUGAGUCUGGAAGGAUAUUAAAUCUAUAAGAAAAUAUUUAUCUAGUUAUUUUACAUUCCAUUCAUAUUUUUUUCACAAUACUUGACAACAAAAAGCUCAAAAAAUUUAUAAUAAUCUUCAGACUUUCUCUUGAGAAUUUUUCUGCUUUAGAACAAUGGACAAACGGUUUUUGAUGAAAUUCAUCACGUUUUGCACCCAAUGGAGGGCCAGCUCUCCUGAAGAUGCCCGAAAUGCGAUCAAAGGUUCAUUUCCACCCGCUUCCAGUCAAAAUUCACAGUUUAAGACUUUGCGGACAAGCCUUUCGACGAAUUCCUCCGAUCACAAAAAUUGCCGGAAAAUCUGCGCUCAUAUAUUACUAGCACGAUUGGAAUACUCGAAGAUCAACCGACCACGGCCAAGGUUAUUCAAAUUUGAAAAAAAAAAGAAGUUUUCAAGAUAAAACUGAACAUUUUCUGAUGAUUUUCUGCAAUUUAUCCUUAGAGCGCACUUGUAACAUGAGCAAUACCUUCUUUUUUCUACAAAUGUUUAUUUUUUGACUUCGAAAGUUUUUUCAAUGUUUUAUUCGAUAAAUUAAUUUCCAGCGGUUUCAACCAAAGAUCAGAGUUAUUUAAUAAAAGGAAAACUCCGCAUUUCUUGUCAUUUCCCAAAUGUUCAGGGUCUCGAAGCGGUAUGCCGUUUUAUGGAUUCAGUUGGACAUUUCGGACCUUCUCCAUUUCUUUUCCCGCUUUAUGGAAACGGAGAGAUGGCCCAGUAUUAUUGUAGACUUUCUGCCGUUUUCGGAAGCCUCUACUGCUUGGGGAAACCUAUCGAUUUCGUCGUGAAGAAGGAGAACAGGUAAAUAAUGGAAAAAAACGUGCUUCAUUGGAAGCUGUUUGCUGAAAUUUCCACUUUAAUGAGCGUAAGUCGUUUUGAGUCGGGUGCGCUUUUAAAAAAAGGCAGCCUGCCGCGCCUAGCCAUUCUACAUGCCUUUUUGAGCGAGUAAAAUUUCAGUAAACGCCAAACUUCUACACAAAAAAAUAAAUUAGACGCUUUUUAAGAUUAGGAUAAAACAUAUAAUAAAUUUCUUGACCUUUAUUUGAACCUGAUAAACAAUUUUUUUAGAAUAGUCGGAGUAAUAACCAACGGACAACGUGUGAACUGUGACCACGUGAUCAUGUCACAAACUUAUCUUCCCAAAUCAGUUCCUUUGAACCUCACAAACUUCCAAAUUCAACGUCGGAUAUUCAUUACAAAUCGCUCCAUUCUACAGGAAGAUAAAGAAUUUGUGAGGAAUUGAAUAAUCCGAUAUUUAUCCUUGAGUCUUCGAUUAGAUAACUUUGAUCAACGCCUCUUCAUUACGAAACGGAACGACUACGAGAAUAAUUGAGGCUGGUUUCGAGGCUUGUCUAGCGCCUAAGGGAUAUUGUGAGCUGAAAAAAAAAGAUAAAAAUAGUUGAAAUCUCGGUUUUUCAGUAUUAGUUCAUGUUACGGGGAAGGAAGAUGAAAAACAGGAUCUUGAUGGAUUUAUCGAUCGAUUAUUCAAGCAGAAAGGUACCAAUAAAUGAAGAAAAUGAAGUUAUUUUUUCUGAGUAGAUAUCAGUCCACUUUGGCAAAUGCGCUUCAAGAUGAGAAAUUCGGUGACGGAAGGUCUGGACCUGCCCGAAAACGUCAUCACGACGCCUUCUGUGGACAUCGAUCUCGAGUUCUCCAGUUUGAUCGAAGAGGUUUUUGACAGCCGAUGUGGUUCAGAGUACAUGACUUUAGAAGAACCCAAGUUUAGAUAUAAUAAGUAACUGGGAAGUUAUACUAAGGGUAACAAAGGUUCUUUUUUGCUGCCUUUUUGCGGCAUUUUCUAGGCCCUUAUGCACGUUUUUUGCUGCCUCUCCCCCUUUUUUCAUCAUUUCCUGAGUCUUUAAAAUACCAUAUAAAAAUCGGAAGGGUCGAUAAAGGGACUCUCUUUGCUCCCUUUCUGUAGCCUUUUCUGAGCCUCUCCCUUUUAGCGGCCAUUAUCCACCAUUCCGACCUUGCUCUUACCAUUAUAAGGUCUCUCGUUUUUUUUGUUUCGCAACGCCUGCGUGUCUCUAUUUUACACAGAUCUACUCCGGGCCUUUUUUUUCUUUGUUUUUUUUACUAGACCAAAAUAAGUUAAUAUUCAACGGAAAGCUUAGGAUCAAGCCAAAAUAGCCAAUAAUACAAUUUUUCCUUACGUAAUUUUAUUUAAUUUGAAUAACUUCAUUUUUCAGUGCCGAAAACUGUUCUGCGCCACUUGGCCGGAUCGAGACUUUUUACCAAGGAUGAUAGAAACGAACGAAGAAGAAGAAGAGGAGCGAGAAGUGGAAAAAGAAGAAGAUGAAGCCAUCGAAAGCUGA